AUGUCUCAGCAGCAACUUUCGGCGAAGAAGCAGCAGGAGCUUCAAACGCAGUACUCCAACUACAAGGAGAACCUCCAGGCCAUCGCUCAGAAAAUCGGAGAAGUCGAGCAGGAAGCAGAAGAGCACAAGUUGGUGCUAGAGACGCUCACGCCGCUGGAUGGUGAGCGGAAGUGCUUCCGGAUGAUCAAUGGCGUCCUGUUGGAGAGGACGGUGAAGGAUGUGUUGCCGGCUCUGCAGACCAACGCCGACGGGCUGAAGAAAGUUUUGGAGGACCUGGUGAAGCAGUACCAGAACAAGCAGACUGAGAUGGAGAAAUGGAAGAAGAAGAACAAUAUCCAGGUUGUGCAGCAAUGA